AUGGCGUGCUAUUUUGCUUUGUUUUUGUUGUACACUGUUCUAUUUUUCCCUCCUCCUGUCACGCUAUUCGAAAUCGAUUUCAAAACGAUCGAGAGCUGCAAAGGCGAGGGGAAAUUCUUUCAAAUUUCCAACCUACAGUGUGGUGAUUGCGUGGUCGCUUCAGGCAAUAAAGCCGUUUCUGCUGACGGACUUUCCUGCACUUGUAAAACUGACUAUGAAAUUUCUCAAUAUUUUGGCGGAACAACGAUAGUUUGUAGUGGCUGUCCGUCCGGUACUGUGUCUUCCGAAGAUAAACGGUUUUGUCUGGCAUGUCAAAGUGGUUCUAGAAUUAUAAAUGGCCGCUGUGAGGACUGCCCUGUCAAUACCAAAGCUGUAGAGAGGGAUUUAAAUGGCGCUAAAAAGUCAACAAGACAAUGCCUUUCAUGUGAGAGUGGCAAGGCUCUUUAUCCAAACACAGAUGAACCCUUUUGCAAAGUUUGCCCGUCAUGUAAUGUUGCUGUCACCCAACCGACAAACACCAAAGUUUUUGAAAUCACUUAUGAUAACGGUGUCAAAUUGGAAAGCGAUUUCCUCAUCAAAAAUUUUGCCACGGCCAAAACACUUUGCGAGGAGAAGCUUAACUUUACUGCAUGUCAACUGCUCGGAAAUAUGUGCGUAAUGCUAGAUUAUAAGCGUGCUAACGAUAAUCCAUGUCAGGAGUACCAGAACUUUGUAAGCAAUCCUCCUGGAAGUGAUCAGAAAAAAGUCCAAAGUAAAGAGGGGGUGGACAAUGCUAACUGGCCCGAAUAUAUGCCAUGGUUGUAUUACCUUAACAGCCAACAGGAUCCAGAGGUUGAACUUAACGAGGAAAAUAUAAUGAUAAAAUUUGAAACCGAACAGUCAUUGCCUUUCGUUUUAGCUGUGUAUACCGCAAACGGAACAUUCGUUGGGCUGAAAACCGACAUAUUUAACGAGCUACAACUGUGUAAAGACCGACCGACAAAGUUGAAUGCAGCUAACAAGUUUGCGACACUCUACGAAAACAGUUGCAACCUCAAAGUUAGUGAACUUUGGCAGCGACAAGAAAUGUACUUCUACGAUCUGUACUUUCAGUCCAGUAGCAGUAGCCUGUAUGCGAUUCCAAUGGUUCUCGAGAAUUACGAAAACAACAAAGCCGAUUCGUUUACAUCUUGGAAACUGUUGCGUAGGUUCUUUCUUGUAGAUAACGUAAGCGGACGGCCAAAGUCAAGUUCAGAUGCAAAGGCAGAUGCCUCAGCAGACAAGGUUAUCCGUGUUGCUGAGAUGAUACAGCUAAACAUAAGGUUACGCAACGGUCAAGGUCAGAUCUAUCCACCCUAUAUUAAAGUGAGGUAUAAGACGAUAAAAAUAAACGAUGAUAUAUUGAAGAGAGAACCCACAGUACAAGUAUCAUUUGAGGUCCUCUAUAAAAUGGACACUUCUUCAAUCUCACAAGAUGUAAAGGUAUUCAGCAGAUUUGAAAAUUAUUUCCAAAACAUUUGCACAAUGGGUCAUUCUAGUAAACAUUCAUACCUCCCCCAUGGAGGAAAUUGGAAGUCCCCCCUAACCCCUUGGAAUGUCCUAAAUACACUUACUAUUAUCAGAAACAAAUUUUUCUUCCCUCCCCCUUCGGAUUCUGCAGAAAUUUCCUCUGUGGAGGGGAGUGUGGAUAUUUUUCAAGCCUGCCUGGUGUGGAUAUACACUCAGCAUAACAUCACAAGCAUCUUAUUCACCUGAGUACAUUACACCAAAACAGCAAAUAACCCAAUAGAGCAUUUGCAAUCAUUCCCCAGGGACAACUCUGUUAGCCAUGUUGGUGUUCCAUACAAGAGUCUGAUUAAAAUUAUUUUGAAUUGGAACAUCAACAUGGCAGCUGUGACAUCAUGUGCAAACGCUCUAUAUUUCGCUAAGUACUAUUGCGGGGGCAGUAGACCCACUGUGGGUCUACUGCCCCUGCACCCACUAGAAAAUCUCCUAUGUUGAGGUGAGGUCCCAAAGGUGUCCGCUUAAUAGAGGUUCGAUUGCAUGUAAUAUGUUUGAUAUUUUUAAUAUCAUGCUGACAGUCAAACACACAAAGGUAUUACCUGUCCUUCAGUAAUUAAUUUUUCUCACAGAGAAAUAGUAUGACUAAUGCACCCUACUUUAUUAUUUUAUUCAGUCUAACUGCAGACAAUUUCACUUGACAAGGGGAGAGUGCUGUCACUCAAUGGGUUAAAUUAAAUAACUUACCUUACUUUGAAUUUCUUGCCAGACUGCCAUAGGUGUGCUAUCUGCCUUUGCCAUCUUGUAUGGCCUCGUACUGGUGUAUAGCUGGAGACGCCGCGAGGGAAUCGAAGUCAUCGACCUUCCCACCAUGCUUCACUUUGUUGCCUUCUGCCUGGGUACGCUGGCGACCGCAUACUUCUGGGUGCUGUUUGGCCUCUCCAGUUUGUGGCUGAUAUUCUUCAAAGAACAAGAUGUUGUCUACCGGCUACUUCCAACCUCCGAACAAGAAAACAUAUUCAGAAACCUUCUGAUAAUCGUAUUUGUGUUUAAACUCAUCGAUCUGGUGCAUAUCAUUUCGUUUCAAACAAACACCGAUGUUUUCUUUGUGGACUGGGAGCGACCACGCCCAUUGCCACGUGCUAAUAACCAAGGCGUGGACGCUAAAGCACCGGUCAGCGUCUGGCGAACGCUGUUCAUUGGCAACGAAUGGAAUGAGCUACAAACGUUACGAAAGAUCAGUCCUGAAAUUCAAAUCGGGUUCGUGUUGUUCUUUCUAAAAGCUGUCGGCUUCGAGCAUUUGACAACUACAGACCCGGUUCGCAGAUACACGGUCGACUACGCCACAGAUUACGUAGGCGAACAAAGUCAUCUCUUACGUUUUGCGGUAGCAGUUAUACUUUACAUGGCCAUAGCUUUCGUCCAGUGGGUUUUCUUCGCUUUCAUUUACGAACGCUUCUUGGGCGAUCCGUUUGGAGAUUUUAUCGACCUGUGCUCCAUGGCGAAUAUCAGCGUGUUCAUAUUUCAGAAUAGACUCUACGGGCAUUACAUUCACGGGCGCUCGGUGCACGGGCGGUCCGACACGGAUAUGCUGGAGAUGCACGAACAGUUUAAGCGGGAGGAAGAUGACCUCUGCGGCAAGCGGGGCUUGGAGCCGAAUUCGGAUAGACAGACCUUCGAGGUGAUGGUCACGAGGAAGUUCCGAGCGUCGUACGAUCGCUUUUACGAUCCGAUCCGAACCCAGACGCAGAAUAUCGAGAGAAGGAAUGCGCCGCCAAUACAAGGUAGGGUGUAGUAAAGAGCGGGGAUCGGGAAAACAAACGUGCUUCCCGAUCCAUACUAGGGACCUUUAGCAUGUAGGACGGCAACGCGACGACGAUGGCCAAAACAAAAUCCUUGACAUAAAUAAUUUUAUGGAAAACUUGUCGUGUAAUAUUAUGUUGUAGGAAGAUAAGACGGAGGUUUAUAUUUAAGAAGACUUCUUUCUACUAAGUCAGUUUGCCGAAUAGACUGAGAUGAAAUUAAAACGAGCAUAUUGCAGAAAUCAAAUCAUCAUUAACUACAGUGCGAUUCUAAACACGAGUUAAUAUAUUUUUUAGGUCAGACAACAGGGGUGAAUCUCUCAGUCGCCGUGCGACAAACCAUCGAAGCAUCCAGCUCAGUUAACAAAUUCCUAUCAGCCUUUAUCGACCAUUCGCUGCGAGACGACGAUUACGCCGUGAAGAACAAGCUUCUUGUUGAAAGAAUUUUGGAUUUGGAACUUGGCGAACUCCCGCAAGAAAAAGCUGUGUUGUACAACGACGAUACUCGAUCGUUUACUAACGUGUUUUUCUUUGGACACGAAUGGACGCUACUUCUCUGGGAGGUGCUGUUCUUUGCCAUAGUGGACUACGCCGCACUGAACUUCGUUCUAGCGGGAGUGUUAACCUACCUUCAAAGUCGUGUUGUUAAGUCGAUCAGAGAGAUUCUCGGCAAGAAAAAUUUGGCCAAGAAAACUUUGGUGGACGAACGGUUUUUGAUUUGAAACUUGAUGGCCGUUUAGGCCCGUCGGACGGGAAGGUGGGGUAGGGUGGUAGGGUGUAGCGCGACCCUCAAAGCAAAAUAGGAAAAAGUUGCUAUUGGAAAGUACAGUUGCUACCGCACAGAAGUAUCCAAACGCUGCUGCUGUCGUGUGGCGGGGACGAUCGUUCGCGGUUGAUCCGGCAAACUACCACAUAUUUACCCUACAGUUCUGAAUGCAUACGUGGUUACUCAUAUUUUACGAAAAAUACGUGAUAUAUUAACUUAUGUGUUAAACUUUAUUUAUAUUACUGUAAAAGGUAAAGUUUUAGACUUUUUAAAACUAAUAUUUAUAAAAAAACUUUUAUGUGCGGGGUAAAUACACUUUAUUUAUACAUCAACAAGUAUCUGCAGUACGAACUACAUGCAACACUCGACUGUUUCAUAUGUUCUCAGCUACGAUGCGCGAUUGGGGGAAUGGGCUCGGGUAGACGCAUCUGUCGUAUGACUGGUGACGUAUUACCUAUGACAUCAGACACUGAGAUAGUCUGUCUCUUUCCAAGUGAUCCAACAGGUUGAAGAUUGAGUAUGUCUGUUUGAGAUUUUUGACGGCCGCCAGAAAACUGGAUGAAAAAAAAUUAUUUUGAUUUUUAUAUUGUAGAGGUCCAGUAAGGGAC